AUGAUCCUCGUAAUCUUCUACCUCCGAGGCCCUAAACGUCUUGCACCAGGUCCCCGCCCACUCCCCAUCAUCGGAAACCUGCACAUUUUAACCUCCUCCCCCCAUCGCUUCAUUUCCAGCCUCACCAAAACAUACGGCCCCAUCGUCCACCUCAAACUCGGCUCAACCACAUCCAUCUUCAUCUCCUCCCCUUCCCUCAUCGAGAAACUCUUCAAGAACCACGACAUUGCCAUCUCCAACCGGCCUCCGGCUGAGGCUCUACAUAUUUUAUCUUAUGGCUUCAAAGGGUUCGCCUUUACCGAGCAUGGAACGUACUGGCGUAACGUUCGUAAGUUAUGUGUUCACAAUUUGCUUGGUUCGGGCAAGGUUGAGUCAUAUGAGUUUGUUAAGAGGGAGGAGAUCGAGAGUCUUGUUGACUCGUUGAAAGUUGCGGCUGAGGAGAAAGCUGUGGUUGACGUCACUGCGAAGGUUACUUACUUUAACUUAAUAAUCUUGUUUGAUCUUCAAGGGAUCAGGAGGAGGACGAAGGCGGUGAGAGAAAAGAUAGGUCGCUUCUUCGAGAUGAUCAUCAACGAGCAUCUAAUGUUGAGGGAGAAGGGGCAAAAGAGGAAGAAUGAUUUUGUGGAUGUCUUGUUGGAUGCCAAGAAUGAUAUGGGCAAUUUGGAGUCGCAAGUUUGCAUGAGUAGCAUCAAGGCUAUACUUAUGGAGGUGCUCAUGACUGCUCUAGAUUCAACUUCCUACGGCAUCGACUGGGCCUUCACCGAGUUGAUAAGGCAUCCUAGGAUCAUGAAGAAGCUUCAAGACGAACUGAUGAGAGUUGUGGGCCCUCGUCGAAUGGUCGAGGAGUCGGACAUACCGAAACUCGCCUAUUUGGGGAUGGUGAUCAAAGAAUCACUCAGGCUCCAUGGGUUAACUGCCUUCGUCUCCCGCCGCAACAGGAUGGACAUCUCCCUUGAUGGCUACCGUAUCCCAGCCGGCUCGAACAUCACGUUAUGCUCUUGGGCGGUGGCCCGGGAUCCGGACUUCUGGCCCAACGCCGAGGAGUUCAUACCCGAGAGGUUCGAGAAAACCAGCCCGGAGUUCAAGGGCCAUGAUUUUCACUAUUUUCCGUUUGGAUCCGGCCGUAGAAUUUGUGCCGGCAUGAGCUUCGGGCUGUCGGUGGUGCCGCUGGUGCUGGCCCAGCUAGUUCAUUGCUUUGACUGGAGACUUCCGCACGGCGUGUCGCCUUCUGGGUUGGAAAUGGAUGAGAGGUUUGGGUUUAUUAUGUCGAGGGUAGCUCAUUUGGAGGCUACUCCAAUUUCCCGCCUUUCGAUUUAAUUAGCCAAAUUAAUUAAUGUAGCCGUGAGAUUGGGUUAUAUAUUAAUAAAGUCGUGACAAGA